CCUUCUAAGCAAGAGUUUGAGAGAAAUACGAUUUUCUUACUACAACUCAAAUCAAUUAAAUAAAAAUGGCUUUUUGGUCUGCUGAGAAUGCUACUAAAGCCUACCUCACUACAUUGAAAACGGAUCAAAGAACAAAAGAACCAAACGUGGCUGAAUUCAUAUCGGCCCUAGCCGCCGGAAAUAACGCAAGAAAGAUCACCGUGGCUUGUGCCGGAGCAGCAAACGCUGACAUCCUCGUUGCCCUAAUCGCUGCGGCUAACCAAACGCGAGGUAAAGUGGUAUGCGUUUUACGUGGCAUCGAGGAACUAAUCAUAUCCAAGAAAAUGUUGGAACCAUCAGAGAUUCAUCAUAUACAAUUUGUAGUCGGAGAACCCAACGACAACACUCUUAUUAAUGAUCAUUUCGGAGAAGCUGAUUUCGUCCUCGUUGAUUGUAAGAUCAAGAACCACCAAGAUAUCGUUAGAAAGAUCGUUAGUCAACAUGAAGAAAACGCUAGAACCGGCGGUGGAAGCGGUGUGGCGGUUGUGGUGGGUUAUAACGCGUUUUCGAGAGGAUCUUGGAGGUUUAGCGAUGGGAGGAAAACACAGUUUUUGCCUAUAGGUGAAGGGUUGCUGGUGACAAGGGUCAACGAUGAUGGUAGCUAUAACCAGAAGAUGAUGAAAAAGAACAAUGAUGAUAAUCAUCAGCACCAUGACCAUGUGAGAAAGAGUCAUUGGGUGGUGAAAGUUGAUAAGUGCACAGGAGAGGAGCAUGUGUUUAGGGUUAGAGUUCCACGAGGAGAAGCAACUAUUGAAGCUUAAUUAAAAUCUUAUAAAUAAUUCGGUACUUUAGAGAAAAAUUCACCUCUGUGAUGGUUCAGACGAGUGAGAGCAGUAAGAAAAAUUAGUUAUUUUGUAAGAGUAAUUAAAAAGAGUUUUGUUUGGUAUUGGAGUGCUAUGUUUGUACGAA